UUCCCUAUAUUGUAAAAAAAAAUAGAAAGAAAGAAGGUAAAAGAAAAAGGGUACAGCGAAGAAGUGCGGAGAUGGAGGUGCGGAGGAAGUGCGCGUCUUGCAGGCGAUUAGAUUGUUGGAUAUAAUCCGAAGAAGAGCAUGCACACAGACUUUGAAAUUCGCUGAAGAUUGCCAUUCCCAUUGCCAUUUUCAUCCACUUGUCAUCGGAAUUACCAGGGAACAAAAGAAAUGGCUAGCGUAAGCAUGCAACAGAGCUGGAGGAAAGCCUACGGUGCUUUGAAGGAUACCACCAAAGUUGGUCUCGCCAAGGUUAAUAGCGAAUACAAGGAGUUGGACAUAGCCGUGGUGAAGGCCACCAAUCAUGUGGAGUGUCCACCGAAGGAUAGACAUAUCAGAAAGAUCUACAUGGCAACUUCUAUAUCGCGGCCGCGGUCGGAUGUGGCUUAUUGCAUUCAUGCCCUUGCCAGACGACUUUCCAAAACUCAUAACUGGACGGUUGCAUUGAAGACGUUGAUAGUUAUCCAUAGAACAUUAAGAGAGGGGGAUCCUUCAUUUAGAGAAGAGCUUUUGAAUUUUUUAUACAGAGGACAUAUCCUCCGCUUAUCCAAUUUUAAGGAUGAGUCAAGUCCUAUUGCUUGGGACUGUUCUGCAUGGGUUCGCACAUAUGCAUUAUUCUUGGAAGAGCGUUUGGAGUGCUUCAGAGUUUUAAAGUAUGAUGUAGAAGCAGAGCGCUUAUCAACAAGGCCAGCAAAUGGACAAGAGAAGGGUCAUAGCAGAACACGAGACUUGGAUACUGAGAGCCUCUUAGAACAGUUGCCUGCCUUGCAACAGCUACUCUACCGCCUUGUUGGCUGCCAGCCCGAGGGAGCAGCUGCUGGCAACUUUGUUAUUCAAUAUGCUCUGGCAUUGGUCUUGAAGGAAAGCUUUAAGAUAUAUUGUGCUAUCAACGAUGGCAUUAUUAAUUUGGUGGACAAGUUUUUUGAGAUGCCACGACAUGAAGCCAUUAAAGCCCUAGAUAUUUAUAGAAGAGCUGGACAACAGGCUGAGAGUCUUUCUAGCUUUUAUGAGCUGUGCAAAGGCUUAGAGCUUGCUCGAAAUUUCCAGUUUCCUACAUUGGGCCAGCCGCCAAACUCAUUUCUAGCAACAAUGGAAGAAUAUAUUCGAGAUGCCCCUCGUGUGGUUCCUAUUGCAAGUGAGGCACUUCAAUUGGAAUUUCAAGACAAGCUUCUUCUGACCUAUAAGCCAGAUGAAUCUGUAACUGUGGAAGAACAAAAGGACUCAGAAAAGGAGGCUACAUGGGUUGAAGCUCCUCUCCAGGAAAAUGCUAUUGUAACUGUACCUUCUGCAGAGACUGGUGAUUUACUGGGUCUGAGUGAGCCGAAUCCCGAUCCCUCAGCUCUGGAGGAAAGCAAUGCAUUGGCUUUAGCUAUUGUUACAUCUGGUGCUACAACUUCCCAUGAAUCAAAUGGUCUGCCAGGCUUGGGCGUGGAUUCGACUGGGUGGGAAUUAGCACUGGUUACCACACCCACGAAUAACAAUAGUAGUCUCAUGGAGAGUAAACUGGCUGGAGGCUUAGACAAGCUUACACUGGAAAGCUUGUAUGAUGAUGCAAUGACACGGCAGACUCUAUAUAGUGCUCAAGGGGGCUAUGGAACGAACCCAUAUGGAAACAAUCCUUUUGAGUCUCACCCUGCGAUAUCGUCAGGAGUACAUGACCCAUUUGCCAUGUCCAACAAUAUUGCACCACCUACCAAUGUUCAGAUGGCAGCAAUGGCUCAGCAGCAAAAUGCAAUGAUGCUUCAGCAACAGCCACAACAAAUGAUGCCAAUGCCGCCACAAAUGUUUCCAAUGCAGCCAGCUGCAAACCCUUUCAUUGAUCCAUUCGAAACGAGUUAUCCUGUAAAUCCCCAUGAAAAGAACCCAUUUGGAAAUCCUGGUUUGCUGUAAGCAUAGAUAUAUUUGUUGUGUUGAAAAUUUGUGUAUUUGAUUUUUGCCGGCAUGCUAGUGUUGUAGUUGUGUAUAUUAAUAUGGCUAAACUGAUUCAUCUAAAUUUAGUUAUCAAGUAUAGGAGAGCAUGGGUUUCUAAAUUCAAGUAGCAUGUUUCAGUUAGAAAUACUGUUUAAUCCUAACAGCAUUUUGGUGUGUGAAAUGAGUUGAGUUUUAUCUUGGGGAUGUUAAACCAAAAAUUUGAUGACAAACAUGUAUUUACAUUCAGUUCUUCAUCAGUUUCUUUCAAUAUGUUAUUUUUAUUGUUUUUUCGUUUUC